AGAAGGCUGACCGUAACAGAAGAUAAUUUUAAAGUGACCAUAUUUAAUCCUUUAAUAGAUACUACUUUACAAAAGCUCAAAGAGAGAUUUAUUGGCAUGCAAGUAAUUAAUGAUAAUUUUGGUAUAUUAAUACCAAACACAAUGACUACAAUAUCAGAAGAAAAAUUGAUAGGAUCAUCUUAUGAUUUUAUAAAUAAAUACAGAGAUGAUGUCAGCUCAGAUUUCACACGGCAAAUUUUAUCAUUGAAGAAUUUUUUAAAAACUAAUUUAAAAAGUGAAAAUUUAAAAAAAAUGACUAUUCAAAAUUUAGCAGAAUAUUUAAUUAGUAAUGAUUUAACAAUUAUAUUUCCUGAUAUUUUUACAAGUUGUUGUAUAUUUAUGACUAUUCCUGUGACAUCAGCUUCAGCAGAACGUUCAUUUUCCAAACUUAAACUGAUUAAAAAUUAUCUACGGAAUACGAUAUCACAAGAUCGACUAAACAAUAUUGCUGUAUUAAAUAUUGAGAGGCUUAAUACAUCGCGAAUCGAUGUAGAUACUAUUAUUGAUAAAUUUGCUAAUGUAAAAGCUAGAAAAAAGAAUUUUUUGAAAUAG